AAAUCCUUUUAAACUUCCUGUCUCACACAGACAGACACGCAGCGCAAAAGUCAGAAAAGUAACUCUGUGUUUGUGGCUACAAAGUAACAAAAUGAGGACUUCUGUUGGUCGCAUGUGACGAUACACGACCCGACGAGUGAUUGCACAUAUUCCUAAGUACCCAUGGAUCUCAGCGAGGAAGAAUCAACUCCUCUGGUGAUCAGAGACCGGGGAGGCAGCCAGAGGUCCAGUUCAAGCACUGUUCCUAAUUUACAAGUCAACCUCUACUUCUUCCCUGCCACAAAGGAAGCAACAACAUUACAGAUCACAUCUGGACAAAUAUCUGCUGAAAAUGUCUGCAUCCAAGCAGGGAAGAAAUGUGGAAUCUUACCGGUAUACCUAAGUCUAUUUGGUUUGGCAUCUGAAGAUCUCUCAUUUUGGUAUCCUCCGUCACACAUGUUUGACACUGAUGAAAACUUAAAAGUCCAAUUCAGAGUCAGGUUCUUCUUUGGAAAUUGGUUUGGGCAAGAACCAAGAUCUUCAUACCGCUACAGUUUGACUAGAGACAGAAUCAGUCCAGUACUCAACUACAGUGUCAUUGACUAUCUUUUUGCCCAGCUUCGAAAUGACUUCAUUGAAAGUAAGGCAGGCGUAGCCCCACCAUUGUCUCUUCAGGAGGAAUGCCUUGGCCUUGCAGUGCUCGACUUGUGGAGAAUGGCCAAGGAGCGCAACCAGAGUGUUAGAGAGCUCUGCAAGACUGUCAGCUACAAAUCCUGCCUUCCCAAGUCACAUCGCCAUGACAUCCAGAAACGAAACCGGCUGGACCGCUACCGAAUAAGAAAUACCCUCAAGCGUUUCUUAAAGAAGCUCGGCAACUGCUCCGUAGAUGAGUGCAGCCUGAAACUCAAGUACCUGAUUGAGCUGGCUGGCAUUGAGCCUUGUGUUGGAACGGAAACCUUCCAAGUGAAUCAUUCUUCCUCGCAUCCAAUGUCAGACUUCUCUCUUGUGCGGGUCACAGGGGAAAAAGGAAUCCAAACUGCUGGAAAUAUCUACGACAGCCAGGAUUUGUCAAGAGUUGAGUGGCAGACCUUCUGUGAUUUCCAAGAAAUCAUUGACAUCAGUAUACAGCGGGUGUGCCAUGAGCAGGUUCCCCAAGACAGCAGGAUGGUGACUAUAACACGAAAGGAUGACAGCUGCUUGGAAGUCAAGUUCCAGAGUCUCAAAGAGGCACUUUCGUUUGUGUCACUUGUUGAUGGCUACUUCAGACUGACCACAGACUCAAGCCACUUCUUCUGGCAAGACAUUGCUCCGCCAAGUAUCCUGGAGGGAAUCAAAAACCAUUGUCACGGCCCAAUAACAUCAGAAUUUGCAGUCAACAAAUUGAAAAAGUCAGGAUACAAAGGUGGUACCUUCCUCCUGCGGCAGAGUCCGAAGAACUAUGACAACUUUUUCCUCACUGUUUGUGUUCAGACUCCACUUGGACUUGAUUAUAAAGACUGUCUCAUUAAUAAAAAUGAGCACUACAGUCUCUUUGGUGUCCAGAAAUCAUUUUCCAGCUUGAGGGAGCUUACCAACCACUAUCAACACAAUAAGCUCCUGCUGGCUGAAGUACCUGUCAAGUUAACCCGCUGCUGUCCACCCCGACCCAAAGAGCUCACAAAUUUGAUCAUCAUACGCAACUGCAGCUCUGUAGAAGCUCCAGGCUCUCCAGCAACCGAAAGGAACAAAUUCAGUCACAUCCAGUUUCACAUGAUCAAAUAUGAGGAGCUGAGCUGCGAUGAAAGCCUCGGAAAGGGCUCUUUCACUCGAAUCUUUAAAGGCAAAAAAAUCGACAUUCAUGAUGGGGAGAAACGCAUGACCGAAGUUCUGCUGAAAGAGCUUGAUGCCACUCACAAGAACUGCUGGGAGUCAUUCUUUGAAGCUGCCAGCCUGAUGAGUCAGAUUGCACACAGACACCUGCUCCUUGUAUACGGUGUUAGUGUUCACGGAGCAAAGAACAUCAUGGUGCAGGAGUAUGUCAAGUACGGGGCCCUUGACCUUUACUUGAAAAGAGGGAGAUCUGUAUCAGUGAGCUGGAAACUUGACGUAGCCAAACAGCUUGCAUCAGCCCUCAACUUCCUGGAAGAGAAGAACAUUGUUCAUGGAAAUAUCUGUGCCAAAAAUCUGCUGCUGGCCAGAGAAGGUGACCCCUCUCAGGGGAGCUCUCCUUUCAUUAAGCUGAGUGAUCCGGGCAUCAGUAUGGCCAUGGUGGGCAAAGAUGUCAUUCUGGACAGGAUCCCCUGGGUGGCCCCCGAGGUGUUGGACGCUCCAGAAAAACUGACCCUCGAGUGUGAUAAAUGGAGCUUUGGCGCCACAGUGUGGGAAAUCUUUAACAAUGGAAACUCCCUGCUACGAGGCUGGAACCUAGAUCAGAAGAAGCAAUUUUAUGAGAGUUUCCAGCAGCUGCCUCCCUCUCAGUGGACAGAGCUAGCAGAUCUGAUCAGUCAGUGUAUGGACUACCAGGCAGACUUCAGACCUUCGUGUCGCAGUAUUAUCCGUCAACUCAACAGUCUCAUCACUUCAGACUAUGUGAUACUUCACGCUACAGAGCCUGUCACACAGAGCCCCGUGUGCAGAUCUUACAGCCACCCUCAGCACGACCAGACACUGUUUGAGGAGAGAUACUUGCGCUACAUCUCCCCUCUGGGAAAAGGGAACUUUGGCAGCGUGGAGCUUUGCCGUUAUGACCCCCUGGGUGAUAACACUGGUGAGCUGGUGGCUGUGAAGAAGCUGCAGUCCAACAAGCAGUCAAACCUGGAGGACUUCCAAAAGGAGGUCAACACCCUCCACGUCUUACACUGCGACUACAUCGUCAAAUACAAGGGAGUCUGCUACAGCAUGGGUCGCCUCAGCAUGAGUCUAGUGAUGGAGUACCUGCCCUACGGCAGCCUUAUUGGCUACUUAGAGAAGAACAAAGACAACAUCAACACAAGGCGGAUGUUACUAUUUGCGUCUCAGAUUUGUAAGGGGAUGGAGUACCUGCAGAGCCUGCGUUAUGUGCACCGAGACCUUGCAGCCCGAAAUAUCCUUGUAGCCAGUGAGACGCUGGUAAAAAUCGCUGAUUUUGGGCUGACCAAGGUCAUUCCACAUAAUAAGGACUACUACCGCGUCACCCAACCUGGAGAGAGUCCCAUCUUCUGGUAUGCCCCAGAGUCCAUCACUGAGUCCAGAUUCUCCCAAAAAUCAGAUGUCUGGAGUUUCGGGGUCGUUCUCCAUGAAAUCUUCUCCUACUGUGAUAUAAAGUACAAUCCGAAAAGGCUUUAUAUGCAGGAGAUUGGGCACAACGUGCUGGGUACAUCUAUUUCAGUGCAUCUGGCAAAUCUACUGAAGGGUAACUGGAGGUUACCACAGCCUUCAAACUGCCCGCCAAAGGUGUACCCUUUGAUGAGGCAGUGCUGGGCACAUGACUUUGAUGAGCGGCCAUAUUUCUCCGACCUUGGAAACCAAAUUGAAACUAUGAUCCAGGAUGAAAGAGAGAACUCUAAAGGCUGACGAGGAUACAAGAUACUUACUCUUUGUUCAAAAGGAAAUCAAGUUUAAAUAUGUACAUGUUCACAAGCUCUCAGGAGUGAGCAUCCAAUUAUGGGAGUAUGCACAGAGUGUCUUAUUUCUGAUAGAUCAUAGGGUACGCUGCCUCUGAUAAGCUCUACUUAGGUUCUUUCAAGUUGAUAUCACGACAAAGCCUUUUACAGGCUUUCUGGAUAAUGUUCACUUUAUGACUUUACCUGAUACUAGGCUGUUAUAUUUUUUCCAGCAGCUUGAGCAAGAACAGUUUGAACUUUGAACUUUUUGCAGAGAUUUAAUGGUUUGCUAGUUUUUUGGGAGGGUUGUAAGUGUUUCGUAUCUCAGUGAAAUUCAUGAACCUAACAGUAGUGUGUAAACCCAACCUAGGCUCACAACGUUGCAAAAGUAGAUGAAAAAUAUAUGUUACCUGGAUGUAACUUCAGUUCUCUGUGUGCAUGCGUUGAUCGCGCUUACGAAAGAUGCAGCAAAGCAUAAAUAAAGCUCUUUUCCUAAAUUAAAAUGUGUUUUUUGAGAUGGGCGGGAGAAAGACAAGCUGGACAAGCUUAUAUAAAGCUAAUAAGUUUAUAUGGUAAAAAUAUA